AUGGAGUUGGAGGCCAUUGGAGAAUCAAUCAAAGCUGCUUUGUCUUUAACUGAUGAGGAUACCCUUACAAAGAUUAAAGAUCUCUUGACACAAAUUGGAGUUACAUGUUUGGCUGACCUGAUUCUUGUGAAAGAGGGUGACUUGACACCUGUGCUGAAAAUCAUCCAGGCCCGGAAACUAAUCAGCUUCUGGCAAACGACUGAAGCUCCUGUUCCCUUUGCAGCCAUACAAUCUGCAGUGCCACAUGCAGUGCACCCAACUACACCUCCUGCUUCGACCUCGAGUGAUAGGCAGCCACGUGAAGUUGUGACACAUUUUCGAGAAUGGGAUUACGUGUUCGAAAUGCCCUCAGGUGAUAAAGGAAAGGAAAAGGCCAUCUCCACAACAGCGGCGAGAAUUCGUUAGGAUUGUGGUUGAGAGAAUAGUGUUCAGUGGAUUUCUUAACCCCACUCGCCCACAAAUAAGUGAGGUGUCAAGUAGCAUUGUGAGGAUGCACCCAGAGUCCUUCUGCGACAUGGGUGAUGCAGAUGUUCCACGAGGCAGUGGUUACUAUUCACUUGUCCACCAGCUUAAAUCAAGAGUCUUCAGAAAAACAGUCUUCAGAAAAAGUGCCGUUUCUCCCAGUGU